AUGCCUCCGAAACGCGUAAGGAAGACCGUUUCCACGACUCACAAGCCACCCUCCCCUCCACUCUCUGAGAAGAACGCCUCAGUGGCGGACGAGAAUGCCGAUGUUGAGCCACCUGAGGCACAGGACAAAGGCUCGAUGGGCAGUCCACGAAGCCCUCGCCACGAUGAAGGCAACGGGCCGCCCGUUAUGAUGGACGAAGACGAAGAAAUGCCGGAAGAAUCAGGAAAUACCAUCCAACAUGCAAGACCGGAAUAUGCCGUAGGGGCGGGAGGUUAUAACAUGCUCAAAUCCUACAAAGGACAGGUCUACUCGGGCAUGGCGGUGGGAGGAUCACAUACUUGGAAUUAUGACCAAGGCGUGUGGAAGGAAACGAAGGAGGAGCCAGAUCUAUGGCGGAUCGAUUAUCAGACCAAUAAGAGACGAGCGAGGAAGGCACCGGAGGGUAGCGGUGCUCCUGUCGGAACGGAGUAUCACUGGCUCAUUGUAGCACAUCAGCAACGUGGUACAUCUGAUGCCACUAGGAAAUAG